AUGCAUAACGAUAUCAAGCAAUUUCUCGCAGACAUUAGGAAAUGUGUGUCACUGGCAAUUGUUGGCGGGUCAGAUCUCAGCAAAAUCAUUGAGCAGUUGGCUGGCAGCGAAAAUGAAUUGUUGUCGCAAUUCGAUUACGUAUUCUCGGAGAAUGGACUUGUGGGAUUCAAAGGGAAAGAGCGGUAUCCAUCCAAAAGAACACAAUUGAGGCUAUCCAAGACCACAUCGGCGAAGAGAGGUUUGUUAAAUAUUAAAGAGUUAUUUUGUUCUCAAACGGAACGUGAUCAGUUCGUUGUCUAUGAUAGGGAGCAUAAAAUUCGUGAAAAAUUCGUCAGUGCACUGGAGAAGAACUUUGCAGGAUAUGGGCUGUGCUUUGUGAUAGGGGGUCAAAUAAGUGUCGAUGUGUAUCCAGUUGGUUGGGAUAAGACUUACUGCCUACAAUACGUCGAAAAGGACUUUAGUAGUAUACACUUUUUCGGUGACAAAACAAUGCCAGGUGGAAAUGACCAUGCGAUCUUCUCAGAUCCGCGCACUAUUGGUCAUACCGUAGUAGAUCCUGUGGAUACAAAGCUACAAGUCGAACUGCUGUUAAGGGAUUUGAACCUUUUAUAG